UUUGAGUGAAAGACCAAGAGGAUAAACGGCAAAGACAUUUUUUUCAUAGCCUGUUUUACUCAUAUUCACUAAGGGUGGCACUAAUUCUGGAGGGCACUGUAAAUAGUAUAUAAAUAGAUACAUAAGUUAAUGGCGCUUCAGGGGCACGUCCUAGCUGCGCGUGCCUGACCUGGGUUUGACUUCUAAUCGAGCAUUAAAGGACAGAUCAGUGCUUUCCAAGAGGCUCGGGGUCCGAGCACAAUCGAGCAUUAUUAAAUGACAUAUGAUCCAGAAGAGUGCCGCCGCCACGGGGCUGAUACAUUAUUCAUAUUAUGAAAAUGGUGAAAAUUCUCUAAUCCUGUGAACAAUUAAUUAUGCAUCAAGGGCUUGUGAAUAAUUAGCCUAAAAAGCGCCUCGGUGUCUGGGAUCAUGUUGCUGGCGCACCAGUAGUUGCCAGCUGUGAUUUACCAUGAGUCUACAUCAGCCAGUCCUCAUGUCAUCCAGAAGUGGUAAUCGGGUAAAUCACUUUAAAAGAGUAACAAUCUGGAAUCAGCAUCUUAAAGACAACAUUUUGUUUUAGGUUAACUAGACCUAUUAUACAAUAUAUCGUUAUAUACAUAUCUAUAUUACCACUUUCAUUGUAAAAUGAUUAAUUCAUUAAAGGCCAGAUAAUUAGCAGACUGGUGUAUCCAAAGCGACUUAAUUAGCCUAACAUUCUGCGUAAAUUAUUAUUAGGAUAGAUCCCGAAUCGUUUGAGAGGCUUAUAGUAUUGAAUUUCCUAAUUGGAUUUCCUGAAGCUAUAGGUCAUUUCAAUCAAUGAACGCGCAGGAAUUCCAACACUCUUUCUGCAGACCCCGGCCUCAGCUGGCCAGUGCCAUCCAUCGCGCGUGUGUCACCGGAGAACCGUGAAAUCCGCCUCAUAUGGGAGCAUAAGUGCACCGGCUCUUGUCCGGACCUUCGCCAGGGCUCCGGUGAAGAGGCAGGCGCAGCGUCCGUCUGCUUCGAUUAGCACGUGAAAGGAGAAACGCACCAAUCAGAAGCACCCUGGGGGCUGGGGCACUGCAUAGCAGCUCGUGAAGGGGAGGGAGGGCGUCGCGCAUCUUCACGACGUGGUUAAGUGCCUGACAGAACAGCUCGAGAAACAGAUUGGAAGAAGUCUCUGGAGCUGUCACACACGCGGUUCCUUGCGACGCUGUUUCCUCGGAGGUGCACUUGCUGCCGGCGCCUGCACCUUACUACCCGACUGAACAUGGAGCAUAUGCUGUUGUCUCGCGCUCUGUGGACCAGUGACAGUAAAUGUGUCCCUCCUCACCCGGGGGAUGCGUUCGCCAGCGUCCACAUCACCCACGAGCUGCCGGCGGGCGCAGCAUUCGGCCCGUGUGUCCUUCACAAUGGCUUCUAUGACACCAUCGCCUUCAUCGCGCUCAAAGCACGCGACAACAGAAACAACUGCUACGCUUUUCGGGUUGACCCUGAGUCCAUGAGGUCGUCUCCGCUGGUGUUGCCGUGGUUACGGCUAGUCCAGGCCGCUCGGAACCGCGCGGAGCAGAACACGGAGGCGUUCCUGAAGGCGGGGCAGCUGUUCUUCCGCACGCUGCGGCACGUCCAGCAGGGGGAGGAGCUUCUGGUGUGGUACGAUGAGGAGCUGACCCACCUACUGGGCCUGAGUGACAUCAGGGUCACGCCCACACCUGACGGUUUCUGCUGUCUGAAGUGUGGGCAGUCCUUUCAGCAUGAGCACCCCUACCUGGCUCACUGCCGGUUCCUUUGCACCCACAAUAAAGCUGAUUGGGUGAGCACCGAGCCUCAGAAGUAUAAGCAGGUCUCUGAUUGGUUUAGCAGCGAGCCUCAGAAGUAUAAGCAGGUGUCUGAUUGGUUGAGUAUCAGUCCUCGUGACCAGAGGCAGCCCGACGUGAAGCGGACACACAGGUACACACAGCUCACACGCACACACACUCACACCGACUUCCACAACAUCGCCCGAGACCUGGAGAAGAGGAGAGGGGGCAGCCCACCCGCAGAACCCUGCCCCAGUCCCCGCAAGCGUCGCCAUGACGAUGUGCCCAGCAGUCAUGGCAGGAAGUCGGUGCUGCUGGAGAAACCGAACCCCUCGAACGAGAGCAACAUCGCCCCGCUGCCACAAGGGGGCCUGGGCCUGGACUGUGUGUCCAGGAAGACAGACGGUUCUAAGGACAGCGCGCUGACAGGACGCCCCACAGAGGACCGGAACGCUGAGAACCCUCAGAAUGCUGAAAACCCUCGUAAAGCAGAGGACCCGAAAGGCAGAACAGAACGUUGUGACCAGAACUACAGGGAACCGGAGCGAGUUCUGCAGGGUUCUGUUUCUAGUGCUUUUUCCGGCAUUUUGUGGAAUAACGAGGAGCAACGCAGCGCCUUCUGCAGGCCAAACAGGCGCACUACACCUGAGACACACACACACUCCAGCACAGACACACACUCACACACACACUCCAGCACAGACACACACUCGCACACACACUCUACCACGACUCUCUACAGCCCACCAGCCCUGUCUGCUCUCCACCCGAAGCCCGCUCUGAGCUACCGGAACGUUCUGGGUUCCACGUUGCUUUACGGGGACCUGGCGAGCGGGCAGCCGGGGUCCAGUGUGCUGGGGGGUGGGCUGUACCCCUACACACCGGACCAGUGGCCGCGGGGCGGUUUGGGGGUGCCCCCUGCACCCCCCGCGCCCCCCGCCACCCUGGCACUGCUACCCCCCACCCUGAGCUCGAUGAGCAUGGCCGGGCAGAACUGGUGCGCCAAGUGUAACCUGUCAUUUCGCAUGACCUCCGACCUUGUGCUCCACAUGCGCUCCCACCACAAGAGGGAGCCGGCGAGCACCGCUCACCUCAGGAGGCGCAGGGAGGAACGGCUCAGCUGCCCUGUCUGCCACGAGCACUUCAAAGAGAGACACCACCUCUCCCGACACAUGACCUCUCACAACUAACACACACACACACACACACCAACACACACACACAUACACAUAUACAAAUAUAUUAUUUUCUCUCUCCUGACGCAUGAUCUCUAACAAACAUCACUUUCAGACACACACCACUGGACUUGGAUGCUUAAGUGAUGAUGCUCAUUUGUGUUUGAUUUCAUAGUGAUUUAUGUAUGUGGAAAUGUGUCACUGGCGUGCGAGUGAAUAACAGUGGCGUGUGUGUGAAUAACACUAACACAUUGAUGCAAUGCAGCUGUAUUUAGUGCUGAAUGGUGUAAACAGUGUCCACUAGAUGGCAAUAGUGACUAACUUUACUGUUGUGUAGAUGGAUGACUGCCAAGCAUCUCCAGUCAAUGGUAGACAAGUGUGUGUGUGUGUGUGUCUGUGUGUGUCUGUGUGUCUGUGUGUGUGUGUGUGUGUGUGUGUGUGUGUGUGUGGUAAAAUGUGCCUUAUGAAGCUCAGGAUGUAGGAGUCAGUAUGACUGUAAUAAAAGCUCAAACAGUUUCA